GAAGUGUGCAGCAUGACAGAGCUCCACGAAGCCGUGGCUUUGGGGGACUACGACCUGGUGGAUGAGAUUUUGAGGACAGGGCGCUGCGACCCAAAUCACAAGGAUGCCGACUGGCACGACAGGACCCCGCUGCACUGGGCUGCUGCAAAGGGGCAAUCGGAGCUGGUCAAGCUCCUUGUGGGUCACGGUGCCCGGCAUUGCCUGCGGAGCGACGUGGGCUGGACUCCGGCUCACUUCGCUGCCGAGUCGGGGAGGCUGGGGGUGCUCCGCACCCUGCAUUCCCUGCACGCUGCCAUGGACGCGGCCGACCUCUUCGGUGACACUCCCAAGAGGCUCGCGGAGAUCUACGGUCACCAAGACUGCACCAAGUUCUUAGAAAAAGCAGAGGUGGAGAGCAGAAACUAUCGCAGGACAGCCGCAAUGAAAGGAAUCCCCUUAGACCAGAGAGAUGAAGACUGGGAACUCAAGAAAGAAUUGCUUGAGAGAAAUCCACCGUAUUCUCGGGAGAACUACACAUCCUCUGCUCAGAAGAAAAAUAAAAAAAAAAGGAGGAAGCAGUAG